AUGCCUUACCAAAUCACCCCCCGAGCCCUCACCGGCCUCCUCUUCCUCAUCACCCCGCCUCGCGCCUUCGACAUUUGCAUCGCCCAGGACCCCUCCCAAGACCACCGCUGCCACAAGGCGAUCCGGCGCCGUGACAUCCACACUGCCCACCGCAUCCUCGACACUCUCUGCUCUACCCGCGGUCUCUCUCCCUCCGAGCUAAUCGAGCAACUCCAACAGCUCGCCGAGUGCACCAUGUGCAGAAAAUCCGGCCAUCGAGACCCUGACGCGGUGCUCGCUCUGGCCCUCUCAUGGGGGCGCUUACUCUGCAAGCAGUUCCCAGACCUGGUCGCGUCGCCGGGCGUGGAAGCGGCGCAGCCGCCGGCCCGAAAACGUAAACCCCGGUUAAGUCGAUUGCGGAACCUAUUCCGGAGCGCGUUUGCGAGGCGAAGCAGUCAUAAGGUCGCGCCUCAACCGCCAUCCGCUUCCCAGCAUGCGGCGCUGGCGCCCUCGGGGGCUACUCGUGCUCCCAUGGUCCCGCGGAACCCCCGCGUUGAGCCGCUGUGGACCCAGAGUCGACACUUUCUUCUGCGCGGAUGGCCGACCAUGGACGAGCCGUCAUCCCCUGCGCCUCGUGCGGCGCCUGCUCCCUCGGGGUGCAGUCGCCCUUCUCCGUCCCCUCGAGGCCUCGUUUUCGUCCCUCCUCCCCUGGAACCCGGUGAAUCCUCGGCGCCUAGCCACCCUCCCGCCGACACCCCGGCGUCCGCCAGCCAACCGCCCUCUAUCCACGACACCGUGGACUCCGCAGCUCGCGUCCCGAGCGGUGGAUAUUACCAGAUCACGUCGAGUUUUCGCACAUUGAUCUCGCACUACCAGCAGCUCCACCCGGAGGGGUUCGAGGAGCCGCCGCAGCACGGGACGUUGCAGAUCAGAUUCACGUUCCUGUUGCCGACUCGGUUCGAUAUGGUUGAGUCAGCGGAGGACAACGCGCUAGAUAGGGAGGGUGCGUCGGAUGGGGAGAGUGUGCCUGAUGGGGAGAGUGUGUUGGUUUGGGGCAAUGUAUUGGAUUGGGAGGAUGUGUCCGAUGGGGAGAGUGUUUCCGAUAGGGGGGGGGUGUCCGAUGGGGGGAGUGUGUUGAUUUGGGGGGAAGUGUCGGAUUUGGGGGGUGGGUGGGGUGGGAGCAUCGGCUCAUACACGAGUCUACACUCAGAGCCUACCGCCGACAUCCCUAUCCUCAACCUCACUGUUAACCUUCCUUCCGCCUUCCCUCCCUAUCCCCACUCCCCUGUCUUAACUCCCCUCCUUGCUCCCGUUCUAUCACCAAGUGACCCCCCUCCACUCAACCUCGAAGCCCCAUCCCUCCACACCCUCGCAGCCCUCCUCGCAGCCCUCCUCGCAGCCCCGUCCCUCGAAUCCCUCCUCUCCUCCACAUCUCUCCUCUCCCUCCCUCCGUACCCCCUAUGCUGUUCCAGCAUCGCCCGGCGCCACUGCAUCGAUGCGCUGUGUCCCAUCUGCAGCCUCCCGAUGACCAACGACCUGCUUGUCGACAUCGUCUGGUGCAAAACGCAGUGCGGGCAGAGCGUGCAUGCAAAGUGCAUGGACACGUGGUUGGAGUACGGCAACACGUGUGUCGUCUGUCGGACCAAGUGGGCCGAGCCGUGCCCGCAUGACUUGACGGUCCGGCCGCCUUCUUCUUUCUGGGCGGAGCCGGCAGGGACGUGGGGUCUGCGACGGCUGUUCGAUGGGGGGAAGUACGGGGGGAUUUGGGAUGAUGGGCCUGAGGGAAAGUGGCAAGCGAGUUUGAGGAGGUGUUUUGGCGUUGGGUAG